CAAAUCAUAUCACAGCGAGUGUCCUCUGUGUUUCAUCAGGGAAACUAUUGCAUUGUCUUCCUACAUGUAUUUGAUUAUUUUGUUUUUAUUUUCUUCGUGUUUCUUUUGCAGUUGUUGAAGCUGCUUGAUCUGUACUACCAUGAUCCAUUUUGCUUUCUUUUGUUUUUGUUUGACUGCUGUAGUCACAGCAUUAUCUGCUCUGAGGAUUGUGGACAAGCGCCUGGACUGCAAACAAUUGGGUCUUGAUGACUGCAAAAUUAGUAACUGCUCAGAGCAGCGCAUGGUCGCACUUAGAGAACAUGCUCCUACCGGCCCAGACUGGGAUCCUGAGCAUGAGCAAGUGGGAAUGGACAGACAUGGGCUACUUCCUGUUAUUAAUGUAACAUGGAGAAUAAAGGCUGAUGCGUCCAUCAGGACUCUUAAUGGAUCAGAGAUAAACAUUGUGGAAGAAAGUACAAAUCAAAGUGUGUGUGUACAGUUUUCUUACCGUAUUGGACAACUGCUGAAUCCAAACGACAGGAGAUGGACAUUCUCCUUGGAGGACGUUGUGGUCGAACCUGGGUACACGUAUAUGGUGUCAAUUUUCAAUUUGCCGAAACCUGAGAUUGGAGAUUACACUAUUAGAAAGCAAAUUACCAUCCCAGGAUGUGGUGACAAGAGAAUCCAAAAGGUCCAGAUGUGUCUAGAAAAUGGUAGUCUGUGGGAUCCUAACAUGUCCGUGGUAAUUGAUAAGAAACCUGAAAUGUUGUCCAUCAAUGUGGGGUUUGAGGCAACAACAUAUUCAGAGAGAUACCAAGUUUCCAUCCAGAACAGUGACUUUUUUUAUUCAAAGAAUGUCUCAAAGGAAAACAGAACAUCACUGAAUGUGACAUUUGAGUUUGAUGAGUGGGAGCUCUCACAAUGCAAAAUGUUUAUAAGGAUUCAGCCAUUUUUUAUACGAUGCAAAAAUCACUGUUGGAGCCCCGAGAAAACAAUCCAUUACUGCCCACAUCAUUCACAAUGGCGUUUAAUUUUAAAGACGACUUUGGGACUGCUCGUCAUUGGUGGUUGUUUUGUCUUUUUACUGUGGACAACAUUUCAUAAAGACCCUCUUAACACAUCUUCAUCUGCUGCCAAGGAGCCACCAGAAGUUUUUCAGCUCCAGGAGAGAAAACGUAUCCUCAUCAUCUACUCCCUCGACCACCCUUUGUACAAAAACAUCGUUCUCAAGCUUUGUGCCUUCCUGGCAACCAAAUGUGGCACUGAAGUGGUUCUGGAUCUGCUGGAUUCUACCAGACUGGGAGUGUUGGGAAGCAUCCAGUGGUUAGAGUGGCACAAAGAGAAAAUAGAGAGCUCUUCAGAUAAGAUAUUGAUCCUGUGCUCACGAGGAGUACAAGCCAAAUGGAGAGCCAUGUGCGGUGACAAACAGGUUUUCCUGAGAGAGGACGCCCGUUCACCUGUAGGGGACAUGCUCACUCCAUCCCUCAGCCUCAUGGUCCCUCAUUUUAUCCGGUCAACGUCAUUUAAAAAGUACAUUGUGGCUUACUUUGAGGACGUUUGUUCUGAAGAAGACAUACCUUCACCUUUCCACGUUACAGUACGAUACAAACUAAUGAAACAGUUUGAGGAGGUCUAUUUCAGAAUUCUGGACACAGAAAAACACGAACCAGGCAAAGUGAAGAAAAUUGAAGGGCUUUCAGAGGACAAAUACCAUCAGUGCCCCUCCAGUAGAGCCCUGCAUGACGCCAUACAGGCUUUCCGUACAUACCAGCAGGAACAUCCACACUGGUUUGAAGAUGAGUUACUGGAAAGCUCAGAGUUGGAGGUUGAAGAGGACUUAGAUGAAAUCUGCGAGAGCCUGAAAACAAGCACAGACCUCCAAACAUAUUGUAUUCAUGAGCCAAGCUGUCAGUCACUUGAGGAAACUAGAAACUGGUUUUACUCUACAUAAGAGCAAUUUUUGCAUGACUGGCCAGCUUAAAAAGUGCUCGUCAUUUGAGUUCAACCCUCCUAUGGUUGAGGACAUUUAAGUAAAUGAUCUGGUGAUGUUCAUGAAGAAGAUCCAGCUGCCAGCCCAUCAUCAGUUGGUGAAAGCAGAAUGGGGCUGAAGACGCACCUUCUAACCUUAAAAAAGUUAUACCUGGACACAUUUUUUUGUACAAGCAAUGCUUCUUUCAUUGUUUUGUUAUUUAUAUUGUAUAAAUCUUCUUGGCUCUGUUUUGACACAUUUCUGCAUAUCACAUUUAUAUAAUGAGCUUUUGCCAGGAGACAGUUUAGACUACAGAGAUCUGUGGUUGAUGCUUCUGGCCUGUGUAAACAGAGCUCAGGUCAAAGUUCAGCCUUCUGGCCAAAGUUUGUAGCAUUUUUGUUGCAGUGGAAAAGGUAAGUACUGAGCUGUUUUUGGAGACUGUUUUUUAUAAUGAACUGACUGAAUUUAAUGUGCUGUGGACUUUUAGUAUCUCAAAAAAAACAUGUUCUCCCUCCUUUUGUGUAACAUGAUUACUGUUAAAGUUGUUAAGAUUAAAAUACUUCAGAUAUACUUUCUAACUA